AUGGCGGCCAACAUCAUGGACCUGCUCCCCAUUCCUGRUGCCGUCGUAGAUCCCAUGGCAAAUCCCGACCAGCAGCAGCAAGUUUCCCGCACUCUGACCGACGAACCCACUGCAAGUCACGCUCUCGCCAUGUCGCAACCCGAAAUCCAAGGCGCCGCUCAAUUGCCUCACGAUGGCGAAGUCAAGGACCUGGGCUGGCAAGAUCACGUCAAGGACAUUCCCGUCCCUCUGGUGGGCAAGCUCCCCAACGAGGAAUUGUGGAUCUUGCUUCGCCGCUUCAACAAGCAAAUGUAUCAUGUCAAGGACUUUCCCUACCCCGUUCCCGGAAACCUCGACCUGAACAUUGCCGAUGAGGAGGAGUUCUCACCCGACAAGCUGCGUGCCAACAUUGAGCGUCUGUACAUGACCGUUCUCAUUGGCUUGAUGGGAGCGGGCAAACACCUCAUGCGACUUCGAUCCUGGCGUGAGACCCGGAGAACCUCUGCUUUUUGUGCUGCAUAUACCAUAGCCUGGGUAUGCGAUCUGAUUGCUCCGCUCAUCCUGCUCACCGUCAUCGCCUUGAUCACCUACCCACCGAGUCGUGAGCUGUUGUUCCCUCCUGCUCCGCUUGCUCUCGUCUCCCUCACUGGUGGCGUUCAAAAACCCAAAGCAGGCGUCCUGGGCUCGACAGAUUCUGCCACGGGCGCUCCCGAGAACCACAAAGGAGAGGCGGUGGAAGCCGAAGCCAAUGCUCUCGUCAACAGUCUUGCCAACGUGGCACUGUCGAGCGUGGCGGGAAAGCAUCCGCAAGGAGAUUCCCCAGAAGGUGAGAGCGCAGAAGGCGGUCCUAAUGAUGGUGUUCCAGACCCGACCGCCGUGGCGACCGCGGCCAGCGACGCCAGAACUACUGCCAAGGAGGGCAAGAAGCACCACAAAGCCAAGGUGCCGAUGGAGAGCGCCAUCUGGAACAAGAUGCGACCGACCAUGCACGCGCUUGCAGACAUCUCAGAUACAUGGGAGCGGUUCGGCAACGCACUCUCACCUACUCCUCCCUUUCCGCACGACCUGUAUCGGUUACGACUCGCUGGUGUCAUCGUUCCCAUGUUCGCUGCAUCCUUCUUUAUCUCCUCAUACAUGAUCGUGAAAGGCACGGGAUUUGGGGUCGGAUUCGCAUUCUUCGGUGACCCAGUCAUCUCCAGAGGGCUCGUGUGGCUGAACUCCACCUUUCCUCGAUGGCAAAAGAUCCUUGAACUUCGCAACACUCUUCUCAAAGGCGUCCCGACCAACGCCCAACUCACCAUUACUCUCCUCCGCAUUGGCGAAGCGAACAAAGCACCCCUUCCCCCUCCACCACACUCUGGUGAGAAGCCGUCCGACGAACCCUUGGAGCUCACGGAAUAUCAGAUGAAAGCCGCAGGCGCAGACUGGCCUCUCAACGCCACCGACGAGGAGAUCAAAGCCGCCAUGGCCUCCGACCCGGCUGUGCCUCACGAAACUGCAGGCGCGGAUGUGGAUGCCGGCAAAGCCAAAAGUCACGGCAAACUCGGUACCAAGGUCACGGGUCUCUUCAAAACUAGCGUCAAAGGUGGCGUCGAUGCCGCCCUCGGAGCCGAUCACGUCAAAGCCAAAGUGUCUGGUAAUGAGCAUGCCAAACAAAGGCUUGGCGUGGUUCUUCGAUCGAAGGAAUCUCGUUUGCUCAGCGGACCCGUCGACUUCAAGUGUCGCUAUGAUGGAAAGAAAGGACAUGCUUACAUUGCAACCAAAGCUACAAUUCCUUGCGUGGGAUUUAGUCUUGACAAGACCAUCACCACCGAUGACGGCGUUUUGAUCGAGCAAUUGCAACCUGUCUGGACAGUAGCUGUUGCUGACAUCAAGGAGAUGAAGAAACUAGGUGGAUUGGGAUGGAAGAGAAAGUUGGUGGUGGGGUGGGCUCUGGACAAAGAAGUCGCGGAUGGGAUGGAGAUUAUUGACAAACAGGGUCAUUCGUACAUCAUCACGGCGAUGAUGAUGAGGGAUGAAUUGUUCAAUCGAUUGUUGGCUAUGGGAGGGCAAAAGUGGGAGGCCUGGUGA